UGCCAUGAUAUUAUUGAAAAGAUUGAUGAUAAUAUAAAUUCGAUUGCAUUAGAAACGAAAGGUCGAUUAAUGACUAUUGAAAAAAAAAAAGGAAUAUUGGUAGUAAAUUAUAAUGACGAUUUGCCAAAACUAUUGAAAGAAAUUAGACAAUUAGCAAGCUUUGGAUUUGCAAUUCCAAAAAAAAUUAUUCAUUGUGCUAAAACAGCAGAAACAUUUUACAAAUACGCGAUCGUUCUCAAACAGGUGGCUCACUUUUAUAAUACAAUAGAGCUACAAAUGUUGCCAUGCCAACAGGCAAUGAUGCUCAAUGAAGCAUUAGCUUUUGAAAAACUUAUUUUUAUGGAUAAAAAAGACGAUACAAUUUGCAAUAAAAUAACUUGGGAUAAUCCAAAAGAAUUGGAGAAUUUCAUAAAGAAAUUACAGCAAGCUGCCGAACGGCUCGUCUUACGUAAUAGAAAUCUUCAAAAGGCACAUAGCGAAAUUGGAGACAAAGUUAAACAACUAAUGGAGCACGAUUUAUUAAAAGGGAUAGAUAAAUGGAAAGAUAUCAUGACUGAUAUCCGAACACAAUUCGUUGAACAAGAAAAAUAUAUUGGAAAUAGAAUUCAUAUGCGUACGUGGAUUAUACACUGGGAAAUACAGAUUUAUAAGCUUGAAGCUAUCAAAUUGCUAUUUUAUUGCUUUAAGGUUCUACAGUUGCAAUAUCGAUGGGGAAUCGAAAGUUUUCACAUGCAAAUUUCUCAGAUAGAUACACAACUCGUGUUUAAAGAUCAGUGUCUGCAACUGCGACCACCAAUGGAAGAAAUACGCGCGAAGUAUUAUAGAGAAAUGAAAAAAUUUUUGGGAAUACCUCAAAAAUUUCGAGGAAUUCAAGAUAGUGAUCAGGAAUGGGUUUUACUUGGUAAAGUCGAUCUCGAGGAAUUAAUUGAGGACAAUUUCAAAAAACCAUCUGAUUGGGAGACCCAUAUAAAAUUACUUAAAGCAAAAAGCCGUGAAGCAGAAAAACUACCAAAUGAGAUUAAAUUAGAAUGCAUCGUUGUGAAUACAUCAGCUAUUAAAAGAACUAUUGAUGACUUACUUCAACGUCUAUUUGAUACGCUUAUUUGGACACUUCGCCACUCAAUAAAUACACAAACUCAGGCUAUAAGUCGAUUUCUUAAUGAUGCCAUAAAGACGUUAAGUUCGAGACCACAGACUUCUGACGAAAUAGCUGAAGCGAAUUAUAAGCAUACUCAAUUCGCCAAAACAAAUAAUGAAAUGAAACAAACGCUCAUUGCAAUUGAUGAAAAAAAUAUUUUGUUGCGUUCCGUUAGCGGGAGUGGCGCUGAACAGGUUACUACAAUUGUGCAACAAUGGGGAAAUUUCGAAAUGUUGCUAAAUAGCCAUCAGUCAAUGAUUAAAGAACAGGUCGAAAAUUUGAAAAUUACUAUUUUUAAUCGAACAAAAGACUUUAGCGAACAAAUUGAUAAAUUUUCCGCAAAAUGGAAUCAACUGAAACCAAAAAAUGAUAUAUUAAAUGAUACUAAGGAAUUAUUAUUGAAAGCAAUCGAAAUUAUAAAAGAAAUGCGAAAUGAAUGUGAUCAAAUAAUAAAGAUUCGUGAAAAAGUUCGUUUGGAAUGCGAAUAUUUCAAUAUUGAAAAAAUCGAAUUCCCAAUUCUCGAUGAAAUUGAUAAUGAAAUACGAAAUAGUGAAAAUAAUUGGUCUUUGUAUGAGAAAUUCAGUAGUGGUCUGGAAGAAAUGGCUGGUAAAGAAUGGAUUUUAUUCAGAUCGAAAACGUAUAAUUUCGAUGAGUAUUUGCAAGAAUGGUUUAAUAAACUAAAAAUAAUGCCAAAGUCACCUAUAACAAUUAGAAUAAUAAGAGAGAUAGAAGAAUACAAGGACAUGAGUGAAGGAUUCAAAUAUUAUCGUGGUGAGAUGUUUAGCAAUGAACAUUGGAUUGAAUUGUUUCGAAUAUUAGGUUUACCAAAAGGUACAACUAUUGAAUCACUUCACUUUGGUGAUCUUCUUAAAGUUCAUCAUUCAAUUAUUUCGAACGUUGAAAAAUUAAGAGAUUUAAAUGCGCGAGCGCAAGGUGAAGUAACAAUUCGUGAAGCACUGCAAGAACUCGAACUCUGGGCCGCUCAGAUGGAAUUUUCAUUGCUUGAUUAUAAACUUAUGAAUGGAUCAAUGAUAAAAAUUGUAAAAAAUUGGAAAGAAUUAAUGAAUUCGGUUAAAGAUAACCAAGCUCUCUUUCUAUCGCUCAAAAAUUCACCCUAUUAUCCGGUUUUUAGCGACAAAAUUGCUAUUUGGGAAACAAGGUUAACCGAUAUUGAUUUGUACUUACAUUGGCUAAAUGAAAUCCAACGUAAAUGGAUUUAUUUAGAGCCUAUAUUUGGAAGAGGAGCAUUACCUUCUGAAUUAUCUCGCUUCAAUAGAAUUGAUGUUGAAUUUCAAUCCGUGCUUAACGGUAUGCGUUACGAAACUUUAACCGAAUUUCAUUUAGACAUCCGUCAAGACAGCCGGAUAAUGAGCCUAUGUUCGCGGCACUCAUUAAAAGGUACUCUCGAACAUAGCAUCGACCAAUUAAAUCGGUGUCAACGAGCACUUAACCAAUUUUUAGAGGAAAAAAGAAGAGUUUUUCCUCGUUUUUAUUUUCUUGGUGACGAUGAUUUAUUGGAAAUUCUGGCACAAUCAACAAAUAUUACGGUCAUCCAGGCACAUUUGAAGAAAUUAUUCCAGGGAAUCCACAGAGUCGCUUUUAACGACGAUAGUAAAUUAAUAAUAGCAAUGGUAUCUGCUCAAGGCGAAUAUGUAGCAUUAAUGAAACCAGUUCAAAUCGUGCCACAAGCGGAAAUUUGGCUACAAGAACUUUUGGAUAUAAUGCGAAAAACGAUCAAAGCUCUUAUAAAUCAAUGCGUUUACGAAAGCAGUCCAAAUCCUGCAAAUUAUCCAUCACAGGUAUUGUGUUUAAGUGAGCAAAUUCGAUUUUGCAAUGAAUGCGAAAAAAUGAUAGAAUCAAAAGAAUACUUAACGGAAUUGCGCAAGAAACUUUGCCAACAACUGCAAAAUUAUACAGCUACUCAAGUAGAAGAUGAAGUAUUGAAUCUAAAACUGAAAUGUCUUAUACUUGAUCUUAUUCAUCGAAUCAGUAUCAUUGACGACCUUAUCAAUAAUCAUCCAUGCAAAGCUACAAGUUGGGUUUGGCAAAAGCAGUUGCGCUUCUAUUUGGAUCGAUCAUCGCAAAAUAUUGUUAUCCGACAUGUAAAGGCGGAAUUCGAAUAUACUUAUGAAUAUCAGGGCAAUGCCAAUAAACUGGUACAUACACCACUCACGGACAAAUGUUUCUUAACAUUAACUCAAGCAGUAUCCAUGGGUCUUGGAGGGAAUCCUUAUGGUCCUGCUGGAACCGGCAAAACAGAAUCUGUAAAGGCACUUGCAAAUUUGUUCGGACGACAAGUUUUAGUGUUCAAUUGUGAUGAAGGAAUCGACGUGCAAGCAAUAAGCAGAAUAUUUAUUGGAUUAGUAGAGAGUGGUGCAUGGGGAUGCUUUGAUGAAUUUAAUAGACUAGAUGAGGUCAUAUUAUCAGCUGUUUCGAUGCAAAUACAAAUCAUUCAAGACGCAAUAAAAUCAAGUCAUCCAUUUUGCACCAUUGAAAAACGAGAGAUGAAAGUGAAUCGGAAUUCUGCAAUAUUUAUAACAUUGAAUCCAGCUGGAAAAGAAUAUGGUGGGCGAAAAAAGCUCCCUAAUAAUUUAAAGCAACUCUUUAGACCUGUUGUUAUGGCAGUGCCUGACAAUGAAAUGAUCGCUGAAACAUUAUUAUAUUCAAAAGGAUUUAAAGAAGCAAGAAUUCUGGCUAAAAAAUUGGUUACAAUUUUCGAUAUGAGCAAAUCAUUACUUAGUAGCCAACAACAUUAUGAUUGGGGACUACGAGCAAUAAAAACAGUUCUAGGCGGUUGCAGGAAUAUAAUGGCCAAUGAGCGAAAAACCGAUGAGAAUCAAAUUAUUAUUGAGGUUAGGCAGACUUAUUAUUAA